AAGAAAAAUUAAUAAGAAUUUAACAUUUAAUAAAUUGUAUUUAUUAAAUGAUGGGACUAAUAAUUAUGUUUUAGGCGAUAGUAUCUAUGUUAAGAAAAUAAAAUAAGUUUAAAAUAAAUAGUAGAAUUAUAAUAAUUAUUAUAGUGGGUCCUAGUUGCAUAAAUAUUCAAUUACAUUAAUUAAAGUGUGGUUUAAAUAUAUGUAGGGUCAAAUGUUAAUUGUUAAAUGAUAGAGUUUUAAUAAAAUGAUGUCCUAUUGUAAUUUUUAUAAGCCAGUGGUUUUUAAAAUAGAGGUAAUCUCUUAUGAGUGCCAAAUAUUGCAUAUGUGGACCCCUUAAUUUGCGUUUACUAAACCUUUAGCUUUAUUAUUUUCUAAUAUUUUUGGUUAGUUUUGAUAUUUUAGUAUUUUGCAGGUCAUUGAGAGAAAAUAAUAGCUUUAAGGUGAAAAAUGCAAAGUUUGUAAUAAAGCAUACUUUGAGAAGACCUAAAUGAUGUGGUUAUGUUCAACCAAAUCAAGAAGAUGACUAAAUUGGAAUUUCUCUAAUUGAAGUCCAAAUCGGAUUGAAUUAAAUUUCAGAUUUUGCACAUGUCAUAGUUUUUUUGCUAUAACUUUCUGCUCAAGAAUCGGAUUAAAGUGAAACCAACAGCAUUGGAAAGCUAACUCAAAGUACUACAAAUCAAUGUGAAAUAGAAUUUUUUCACUUCGGACGUUUGCUAUGCCAAACGUGUCCCGCAAUAAAAAAUCGUCAAUCUGAACGAAUUUGGAAUCAUUUUCCUUCUUGGAUGGAGUUUUCAGUCUCCUACUCAAACUAGAAGACUAACCUCCGAUUUUUCUAGAAUAUCUAGGACUUAUAGGGCUUGUUUUGUCCCUAUAAAUAAACCUCUAAGCCUCAAGAAAGAAGGGGAGAAGCUAGAAGCCAAAUAUAUUUUCUUCUUUUUAGUUUAGUUUUUCUUUAGGGUAGGUUUUUAUUUUCAAUAAUCAUAUGUAGUUGGAUUUUCAACUAAGGUUGAGGAUGAAACCUCACCAUUGAAGAACAACAAUAUUUUUAUGUAAGUUUAUAUUAUCCGAUUUUAUGAGUUUUUUAUUUUUAAUUGUUCUACUUCAAUUCAAUUAUUGAGAUGAUUCUUGGAUAUAUAUUGUGAUUUACGGAUACAUGUAAUGAUUUGAGAUAGUUUCAUUUAAUUGAUUGCUUGGGUUUUUAUUUAUCAAAAUGUUGGAUAUUCAUUGUGUUUCGUUCUUCGGGAACAUUUGAUGAUUUGAUUUAAAUCGGAUAUCUUUUGUAAUUUAUACAAAGAAUUGAUUCAUAAAUUUUAGUGAGUUUUUGAAGCAUAGUAGAACAUUGUUGGAGAAAUAAUCAGCUCCAAAGACACGUGGGCCUAUGGUAGUAUCGGGGGCCGAGCCCAUCGGGUUGGCCCGGCCAGAUCAGACCUAAGUACAAGACCAUUCGUUAUCUCCAAAAAGACGGAUAUUCAGAAUAUAUCAAAAUAGGCUUCUAUCCCAUCAAAUAUGGGAUAAAGGUACCUAAUAGAAUGACAUUAGCUAAAGGGGUAAUGUCCUAUCCAGUUUGGACUCUACUACCCAAUUCAAAUUCUAUGAAGAUAAAAUUAAAGACUAUGUGAUCUAGGACUCAGACUCCAAAUCAGAUUAUGCUCCAAGUAUUUUAGCAGUUUUAUAACUGUGAGCCUAUAAAUAAGACUACUACGCCAGGUAUUAAAAAACAGAUUCUCUGAACUCUUGAGAUUACUGAUAUUCUUCAGAAAAUAAGUUUGAACUGACUUAGGCAUCGGAGUGGGGGUCCGGUCGGCACCCCCGACGAGCCGUUUGUUAUUUUGCAGAUUACGAGGAGAACGAACAUCGAGGAAGGCAACGAAUCACAAGGCAACACGUCACCGUACCGGAAACUGUACCAACAAACAUACAUAAGAUUUGUGUGGUGAGAACUUCGAAUGUGUAUUGAUGAACAUGAGAAUAUGUUGCUAUGAUUUGAAGGAGCCGUUCUUCACGCCAUCAACCAAAAUCCUCACCGAUCUCACUCAUCUCCAGUCUGUUCUUCUUCUCUCUUAUGAUCUCUCAUCUCCUUUCUCUCUAGUCGGUUUUGUCGCAGGCAAAUAAAGGAAAAGGCUAUAAGAGAUUUUUUCGAACCAAGGAACAUCAUCUCGCCAUGCCCAGAGUUUCAGACAAGGGGCAGACAUUUUUGUAUAGUUACCCAUCAAUUUUUCCCCUCCUUUCUUACCUCUCUCCAUUAUUACCCCAACCACCAACUGUAUCGUCCCCUUCACUUAAUUCGACAAAAAUCCAAGAAGGAUCUCCCCCAUCACUUCUCUCUAUUUUUCUUAACCAACUUUCAACCAUCCAUGAGCAAGCAAAGGGGUUGGAAAUCUACAUCCGUUUGCAAGAGAGAGGAUGCACUAAGAAGUUGUUGCCAUCUAGGACGAGUAACCAAUGUGAGGCAAGGGCAACAUUGGCUAGAGACUGUGCACUUCACAGGUCCACUAACUAGAUCAAAGAGCAAGAACUUUGGGCUUCACAAAUAUUACAGAUUCAAGUCUGGUCUGCCAUCCCACUUCCCACUGCUAUCCAUCAUAUUCAUCGAUACCUAUGCUACGGGUGACAUGGCCGACGCUAGCACACAAGACCUGCUAGACACCCCUCCAAAAGAGCGUGGCAUUGAGGACCCUUACAUUGACUUGAACUCGCCAUGCAACAUCAUUGAAGUGGAAGAGAGCGAAAAUCUUAGUCCUUCGAGACAGAUUCCACAAGGUAAGGGUAAGAGGUGUGCCACACCGAUGCAAUCCUCCUGGAGCAGCAAGUGGACUGCCACUGGUGAUGCAGCAGCUGAAAUUGACCGAAUGACGGGCGAAUAGUCCGAAAUGAAGAUGGUUUGGGAGCAGAAGCAGCGCAAAGAGGUGGCUUCAAGUUGUGGACCAGAUACGGUGCUUGAUGCGAUGGUGGUCCUCAACGAAGUUGCCGCGGAGCAUCCUGUGAUGGAAGUCAACUAUUGGAAGGCUGCCAUACAUUCCAAGACCGAGCUAAAGCCAAGAUCUUCAUUGGGAUGGAGCCUAGUAAGAGGGAGGGAUGGCUGCUUAGAGGGAUUAACAUGGACUGGUGAUUUUCGGUUGUACUAUUUAGGAAGGUGGGAUGGUACUAUUUUCGGUCUUACCAUUUAGGAGCUGAGUUUGGGCAGCCAAUUUUCCCAGUUUAAGUAUCUCAGUAGGAGAAGUACUAUGGUUGUUUGAAUUAUUGAACUUGUUUAUUUCUAACAUUUAUUUCCCAAUUUAAUAUUACUAAGUGUUGCUUCUAA